UACGCGCAUGUAAAGCUCGGGGCUCGCCAGAGGGGCAGAUGUUCCCCAGUAUCGCAAGCGAACUCCCCAACUAGCCGGAGCGAGUUUGGUUCAACCCAUGGUGGCUUGUUUAACCGACGUGCAUCUGUUGCCAGGCGAAUGCCCCCAGGUAUAUAAGGGCCUGGACCUCGCCGGUCGCGCCGAGAUAGCGACACCAUCGUAACGUCCUUUGCAAGUCGUCUGCAAAAGCACUGGCGCAAAAAAAAAAAAAAACCGCGAAGUGCGCGUCUGACUGGCUCGACAACUUAAGGUUUGUUUUCUGUUUUGCGGUUUAAAGUAAAUAUGACUUUACACUGCGCUGCCGAUGCCUCGUCGUGAAGGUUUCGGAUCGUCAUCGAAUAAUGGGCAAAAGCAUGAGUCAAAAUUGAUCAAAGGAGGGACUUUUUAUUUUAAGGAGUUGACUCAUUCGGCAUCACCAUUCGAUUGUAAUCAUCAACAUCCCUACACCAGGGAAACAGUCCGUGAAAUCUAAGAUUCAAACAUCAGAGACGGCGUGAACAAAUAAGCGUACCACGUCAAACAGGAAUCAAGCCAAGGCCAACGUGCAAGUCGAUAAACUUUGCAAAGACAUCCCGAAAGUCCAAAGAAGACUGAAACAAUUUUGACGAGGUGACAAAGACGACUCGGGCCAGCCCAUCAACAUCAUGCCCAAGACAGUCGAGAGUCCGUCCGCAUCGCCGUCCUCACCGGCCAGCUUCCAUGCCUCGGAGGCCCUCCUUCCCGCAGGUUCCUCGCCACUUCUCGCCUCGUCACACCACCAGCAUCAAUCCGCCGCGGCUGCUGCGGCGGUUUUCGGCCUUCUACCCCCGUCGUCGGUGUCUAAAUCCCUACCGGUCAGCGUGGUAACUCCUAGCGUGUCGGGGAGCAACGCCCACGGCAUGAUCACGCCCUCUAACAUCACCUCGUCGUUAGGUGAGGAACUACUGAUGGAUGAGUUGAUGUACAACCGGCGUCGCCAGGUACAUGCACGGCGAAACCGAACUACUUUCACACCGCAGCAGCUCAGCGAACUGGAGACGCUUUUCUCCAAGACGCAUUACCCCGAUGUAUUUGUCCGCGAAGAUCUCGCAAUGCGCAUCAACCUCACAGAGGCCAGGGUGCAGGUGUGGUUCCAAAACCGCCGGGCCAAGUGGCGCAAGAUGGCCCGUCAGAGGCUCGGUAUCGACCCGUGGCGCACCCGCCAGAUUGCCGGCACCUACACUGGAGCCGCUGGUAACGUCGGCUUCACUGGCAACCCGUGGCUGGCUGCAGCGGCCGCGGCGGCCGGGGCGGUCCGGCCGCCAGCACUUACGUCGACCUCAGCCGGGUUUCUGUACAACGAGACCAUGGCAAGAGCAGCGCAUAACUCACUGCGAGAAAGCAUGCUCGCGGUUGCCGCCCUCCGCGAGGGGGCAGGCAUCCCGCACCUCCACACAGGGCUCCCUCUGUCGGCCUGCGGCUGCCACGUGGCCUCCGUGACGGCCAAAGACACCAAGGACGACGUGCUGGGGGGCGCCGCCAACGGUGACCUGCCGGGCACCUUUAGCUCCUGCAGCGAUGACAGCGUCAGUAGCUCCAGUGUGGCGGCGCUGCGCCUCAAGGCCAAGGAGCACGCUGACCUGGUGCACAGGGAAUCUUCUGCCAAAAACAGGGACAAUGUUUAAAGCAUUUUUAAAGUCAAUAAUCAACAAAAUACUUCGAGGGGAGAAGGUAGAACAUCAGGAAUAUCGUGAGAGUUUGACUAAGAGAACUGUCGUUCACAAACGAAUAUGUAUAACGCUGACUAGCUGAGCCAUUUCUAUUGGCUGAGUGUAAACUGGUUAUUCCAGAUGAUCACAGUUGGAAUUGCAGCUGAGGAAAUGCAAAAUAACGUUCUCGCGCAGUUUUAGUUCCAACCUUUUUGUUUAACUCGAAGGCAGGAAGUUGGGUUGGCCAUAAUGAAGUAAUCAGAUUCAGCUCUAAUGUCAUGUGGCUUUUUCGUAUAAAACCGUGACAAACCACAUAAAACGACAAUUUUUGAAAUGAUGAUUUUUCUGCAAGAGGUGUGCAGUAUCCAAUUAUUCAUGCCCUCCCGUGCAAUUAUAUAUAUAUUUUUUGUUGUCAGGCCGUGAUUAGACCAGACGUGACCUGUAAUUCUCAGAUCUGUGGCAUCAAAGUCACGAAAGUGCAAUUUCCUAUGUUAAUAAAGGUGUUCAGUAGUUUGAGUUCAAUUCGAAAGUAAACAGCAAAGAAGUCCAUGCAUGCUUAUCGCUACUGGGGAGAUCCUGAGCAGAAAAAACUCAAUCAUUCCAUAAUUCAUCAAGGCUUACACUUCGCAAAAAGUGCAAUAACAUCAGAAUCAAGGCUUUCCAAACAUCACACAAACACAAAGUGGUUUGAAAUUUCUCGGAGGCUGUACACAUAUUCUCAUUUCGGUAAAAUGGUGUACAUGUCCAACGCAGUAGCUCUGAAUGGCGCCCCCUGUGUAAUUUACAAGGGAAUCAGUUUACUCGUCUCAAAUGUAUGUCACCUGCGUACUUGUACAUAUUUAUGGUCGUAGUUGAGAUUUUAUGCGCCAGCCUUGUAUUAAAAUAGACAUCAUUAUUACCUUGGUUGAGGGUAGAUUUAGAUUGAUCAGUUUUUGAUCAUUCCUUUCUUCUGUUAAAACCGAAUAAAGAUUCAAUUGUACAUAUUACAAGCCGUGUGAUGUGACAGAAUGUACUCAUUUGAAAAAAAAAUUAAAGCAAAGACUGUUCAUUGUCCUUUUGUCAACUGAAAAGGCAAACCUGACUUAAUUCAAGACUGAAUAGUCUGAGUCACGGAUUAA